AUGGCUUCACCAAAAUCAAGAAUGGUAUUCCGUAUCAUGUUGGUGACUCUACUGCUCCUCCUUCUCUUCUACAUCGGUCGCCCUUUAUACUGGAAAAUCUCCGCUACCGUCCACGAUAUCCGUAACAACAAGCAAACUGUUAGACAAGGUCUUUCCCAAAUUGUUAUUCAAGCUCAAAAAUCCCUCGGUUGGUUCAGACAACCGUUCUAA